CACUUCUACAAUUGAAAAACCACAUCUUUUGUCUUCAAACUCCACUAAGAUUCUAACUCUUCUUCACUCACAUGUGUUUCUCUUGUCUCUAAACAAAAACACUUCAACUCUUCAACCGUGUGUUUUUGUUGCAUGACAUGGAUUCAAAGUCACUAUGCUUCAUAACCCAUCAAGAUAUUUUCAAUGUGGUUCGAUCUGGUGAUCUUGAAGGACUCAAAGAAGUGCUGAAAUAUGUUAACAAAGGUGAAUCCUCAAAUGGGCCAUCACCAAUUUCUGAAUUCUUGUCCAUGCAGAAUGAUGCUGGGGAAACGUUAUUGUAUAUAGCUGCAGAAAAUGGUGUUAAGGAUUUGUUCAGCUUCUUGUUAAGGUUAUGUGAUUUGGAGAUACUCAAAAUCAGGUCUAAAUCUGAUAUGAAUGCAUUUCACGUUGCAGCUAAGCGUGGCCAUUUGGAAAUUGUGAGGGAGAUUUUGAGUACUUGGCCUGAGGCUUGUAAGUUAUGCGACUCUUCGAACACUAGUCCACUUUAUUUAGCUGCUGUUCAAGACCAUUUGGAUGUGGUGAAUGCUAUUUUGGAUGUUGAUGUCAGUUCAAUGAUGAUAGUAAGGAAAAAUGGCAAAACUGCGUUGCACAAUGCGGCUAGGUAUGGCAUUCUCCGCAUCGUAAAAGCACUUAUUGCUAGGGACUCAGCAAUUGUUUGCAUCAAAGAUAAAAAGGGUCAAACAGCACUUCAUAUGGCUGUAAAAGGACAGUGUACUUCAGUAGUGGAGGAGAUAUUACAAGCUGACCCGAUGGUAUUAAACGAAAAAGAUAAGAAGGGUAAUACAGCUCUUCACAUGGCUACUCGGAAAGCUCGUUCGCAGAUAGUGAGCUUUUUGUUAAGCUAUGCAUCUAUGAAUGUCAAUGCAAUCAAUAAUCAGCAAGAAACAGCCUUGGAUUUGGCAGAUAAACUUCCGUACGGAGAUUCAUCUCUGGAAAUCAAGGAAGCCCUUUCAGACUGUGGUGCCAAGAAUGCAAGGAAUAUAGGCAAAGUGAAUGAAGCCAUGGAACUUAAAAGAGUCGUGAGUGAUAUAAAGCACGAGGUGCAAUCACAACUCGUACAGAAUGAAAAAACUCGCAAACGGGUUUCUGGUAUAGCUAAAGAAUUGAGGAAAAUUCAUAGGGAAGCAAUCCAAAACACCAUAAAUUCUGUCACAGUAGUUGCUGUCCUUUUUGCAUCAAUAGCAUUCAUGGCUUUGUUCAGUUUGCCAGGUCAAUAUAGAAAGCAACAACCGGAGGCAGGGAAGGCGAAUAUAGCUCACGAAGUUGCUUUCAGUGUUUUCUGUCUUUUGAAUGCAACGUCUCUUUUCAUUUCUCUUGCGGUUGUCGUUGUUCAAAUCACUUUGGUAGCUUGGGACACAAGGGCUCAAAGACAGAUUGUGUCGGUGAUUAACAAGCUAAUGUGGACGGCUUGUGCGUGCACUUGUGGAGCUUUUCUCGCAAUAGCUUUUGUGGUUGUUGGAAAGGAAAGAUGGAUGGCUAUUACUGUAACUGUUUUGGGAACACCGAUUCUAGUUGGGACUCUAGCAUACUUGUGCUACUUUGUGUUCCGGCGACAUUUUGGAUUCCAAAGUGAAUCCCAAAGAGUACUAUCUAAGAGACCAAGUGGAAGCAAAUCACUCUCGUGGUCUUACUCUGCACAUAUAUCAGAUGAGGAGGAAUAUAAUUCUGAUGUUGAGAAGAUCUAUGCUCUUUGAGCCGAGCGAGUGUGUUUAUUUGGCCGAUAUAGAGAGAAAGUGAAACGUGAAAACAGGUUCUCUUAAAGAUUUUGAAUGGCACAGUGGGAUCAUUUGCAGCCUCUCAUGCCUCUGCAGCGAAAUCUCAAUUGUUGGAUUAACUAAUAGCCGAGAGACUAAUACCUUUGACCGUUAGAUUGAUCCAACACCUGAGAUUUGACUCGAGCGAAUGGAGGGACUGGAGAGUAUCCGUCUUUUGAAAAAUAAAUAAGUGGCUUCUAUCAGAAUUUGUAAAUGUAUAUGAUAAGAGAGAUAAACAUAAAAUUCUUAUGUGCCAAGGUCUGGUAAACUUUUAACAGGAGAGUAUUUACUACCUUGUUUGCAAGGAUUUGGCUGCUUAAUUUGCAGUUAGCUAUUAGGCCUUACUGAGAAAAUUGGUGGGAUUUCAUAUUAUGUUACUGAUAAUAUGAAGCCUGAUGUUGAUUUAUGUAUAUAAAAAAUACAAAUAAACUUCUACUAUGCUUGUACCUUGCUCUGGAAUCAUGAGAAGAGUUUCACAUAA